AUGGCGGCGGCUCCGCUGCUGCUGCUGCUGCUGCUGGUGCCCGUGCCGCUGCUGCCGCUGCUGGCCCAGGGGCCCGGGGGGGCGCUGGGGAACCGGCAUGCGGUGUACUGGAACAGCUCCAACCAGCACCUACGGCGAGAUGGUUACACGGUCCAGGUGAACGUGAACGAUUACCUGGACAUCUACUGCCCACACUACAACAGCUCAGGCUCAGGGCCGGGAGCCGGCCCGGGACCCGGAGGCGGGGCGGAACAGUAUGUGCUGUAUAUGGUGAGCCGAAGUGGCUACCGAACCUGCAAUGCCAGCCAGGGUUUUAAGCGCUGGGAAUGCAACCGACCCCACGCUCCCCACAGCCCCAUCAAGUUCUCAGAGAAGUUCCAGCGUUAUAGCGCCUUCUCACUGGGCUAUGAGUUCCAUGCAGGCCACGAGUACUACUACAUCUCAACGCCCACCCACAACCUGCACUGGAAGUGUCUGAAGAUGAAGGUAUUCGUCUGCUGUGCCUCCACAUCGCACUCCGGGGAGAAGCCGAUCCCCACUCUCCCCCAGUUCACCAUGGGCCCCAAUGUGAAGAUCAACGUGCUGGAGGACUUUGAGGGAGAGAAUCCCCAGGUGCCCAAGCUGGAGAAGAGCAUCAGUGGGACCAGCCCAAAGCGGGAACACCUGCCCCUUGCUGUGGCCAUCGCCUUUUUCCUCAUGACUCUCUUGGCCUCCUAGCUCUGCUCCCAGAGCAGGGAGAGGUGGAGGGCAGGGCUGGUGGAAGGAGCAGCCAAACCACCAUCACCUUUCCGGAGGGAACUUUCUUCCCUGGAUGGAUGUGGGGUAGACCCUAUGAUGGCUGUGCCCACCCCUCCCCGGUGCCACACUAAGGGCUGGGCACUGUAACUCUACCAGGCAUCCUGUUAGCAGGAACCCCAGGUCAGCCUGGGUCCUGCCUUGUGGCUCUGGAGAUUUUUGGUACCAAAUUGGGAGGGGAAAGAGGGGGGUUUUGGGCAGUGCCCAACUUCCUGCCUCCUCCUGGUGCCCUCCACCCUGUCCCCUGGUGCCCUUUCCUUCUUUCCUCCGAGACAGACCCCGACUAAGUUCCAGAAAGAGCAAUUUGGAGUCUAGGAGACAAAUCUGUCCCUCCUCUCCAGGGGCAGAGCCAGGCCCCCUAUCAGGGGGAGGGGACAAAGUGGGUGAGGGGGUGGGCACUGCCUGCUGCCCCCUCCCCCUGUUUACAGCAAUAAGCACGUUCCCCUCCCCUGCCCCCACCCUAAUCCCACCUCAUCCCAGGAUUGUGGUUUGGAUGGAGACCAAGUUUACAAGUAGUCACCCUGGGGGUGGGGGAGGGGUAAGGGCAAAUUAAC